AUGGGGUCCAAAUCUCCAGAAGAUCAUCGUCAAGGUCCCGAUGGGUCCUCAGCAGACGCUGCAAUCGCUAUUAUCAAUCCACCUAAAUCAGCCGCGGCGACUGGACUACUUCAGGGCGUUCUCGAAGGUCAAGAUGAAGACAGCGACGACAACGAUGAUGAUAUCGCGAAGCUUGGAGCUGACGUAAAGAACAACGAUGGCGUAAAGAAGAAAAGAAAACGCAACAACAAGAAGAAGACCAAGAAAGUGUCACAAAAGCAGCAGACGGCACCUCCCAGGGUACCCCUCACUGAUUUAUUCCUUGGUCGACAAUAUCCGGAAGGGCAGAUUGUUGAGUAUACCACCAAUGAUGACAACCUGAAGCGCACUACAGUUGGCGAACUUCGCCAUUUAGCCGCCGUGGAUAACAUGGAGAAUGACUUCCUAAAGGACUAUCGAAAGGCUGCCGAGGUCCACCGCCAGGUCCGCCACUAUGCACAGACGAUCGCGAAGCCCGGCAUGUCUAUGACUCGCCUUGCCGAAGAGAUUGACGAUAGUGUUCGCGCACUUGUCGGCCACGAGGGUCUUGAGACCGGAGAUGCACUGAAAGCCGGCCUUGCCUUCCCGACCGGGUUGUGCUUAAACAAUGUAGGUGCGCAUUGGACGCCCAACGCCGGUGCCAAGGAAGUCUUUCUUCAGCAUGACGACGUGUUGAAAGUCGACUUUGGUGUUCAUGUCAACGGCAGAAUCGUGGACAGCGCCUUCACUGUGGCCGCCAAUCCAAUUUAUGACAAUCUAUUGGCAUCUGUCAAGGCGGCUACCAACACAGGCUUGAAAGAAGCCGGAAUCGAUGCGAGAAUCGAUCACAUCAGUGAGAUGAUUCAAGAGGUGAUGGAGAGUUAUGAAGUGGAAAUCAAAGGGAAGACCAUUCCAGUGAAGGCUGUGCGCAACAUCACUGGCCACAACAUCCUACGUUAUCACAUCCAUGGUGACAAACAGGUUCCCUUCGUCAAGACCAAGACCACUCAACGUAUGGAGGAAGGCGACAUCUUCGCCAUCGAAACCUUUGGCAGCACGGGCAAGGCCUAUCUUCAUGACGAUGUUGGCGUUUAUGGCUACGGACGCAACGAGCAUGUCAGUGCCACUGGGCUCCACCACACAUCUGCGAAGUCGCUCCUGAAGACCAUUGACCAGAACUUUGGGACUCUGGUCUUCGCACGCCGUCAACUUGAGCGUUUGCCUGGUGUUGAAAAGUAUCAUCUCGGCAUGCGAACGCUAGUCAACAGUGGCAUCGUUGAAGCAUAUGCGCCGCUUGUAGAUGUUCCUGGCUCCUUGAUUGCACAAUUUGAACACACUGUGCUACUCCGGCCCAACUGUAAGGAGGUCAUCUCCCGAGGAGACGAUUAUUGA